CGGGUCAUGAAAGCUGAAAGUGGUCAGUGUGGGCAAGUAAUGAGACCGGUGCGCACAAAAAAGGGUUGCUCGAACUUUCAUCCCGAUUGGCCUACAGACGUGUAGCAUGUUAUUACUUCGAAUUUUUUAAAUAAUCUCAAAUGAACGUUUUGUUUUAAAUAAUGUGGAAUGGUUGAAGUUUGCGAUCGGAUUGAGUAUUGGUAAUGAUAUUUUUAGAGUGGCGUGUGAAAAACCGGCGGGCUGCACUUUUCCGUCGUAUUAUGCGCUGGCUGCUCCUCGUGUGCGGCCCUCUUCUCGUUGUCGCCGCGCCACGUUUCGAUCCCACCGCCCUCCUCAGGGACGUGCUAGUGCCCGCCGACGCCGCCGUCGGCUCCGUCGUCUACAGGCUGAGGGCCAGCGACCCCACCUUCGACUAUCCCCUCGUCUUCGCCGUCAUCGGACGGUCUAGCAUCGUCGACGUCGAAAGCUUGAAUUGCAGCAGGUUCAAUUCGGUAUGUCAAGCCAACGUGGUGCUGAAAAGGCGCUUGGAACCCGGUCGAAUUUACGAUUUCACAGUAGAAGCGAGGAGCCAAAGGAACGAGUAUUCCACGCUGAAUUGUUCGAUUCGUGCCACAAACGCCACAACGCCUUUGGAGAAGAUAUUUCCCGGAGCUCCCAGUUUGUUGUCAGUGUCGGAGGCUUCAAGAAGGAAUACAGAACUAGGCACGAUCCUUGCGAAAGGCAAUCCGCAGAGUCCUAGAGCAGUGCUAUUAGAGUUAUGGGGCUCCCGAGAAUUCGGUUUGCACCAGAAAUUGGUAACAGAUCGGGACGCCGAAGGGACGGUCUUGUUGCUGAGCUCUUUGGAUUACGAGAAAAAGACUGUCCAUCAUCUCACUAUUUUAGCCAAUGACCCAUGGACCAACAUGGAGGAAGAUACGAGGAACAUAGCGAGCUGGCCUCUUCUGGUUGCCGUCCUGGACGAGCAGGACACUCCUCCGGUGUUCAAGCUGGCCCCUCCGACGACAACAUUGAGCGCCAGCCUGAACCCGGGCGAUUUGAUCCUGCGCGUCCAGGCGGAGGACGGCGACAGGGGGAAUCCCCGCGAGAUCCGGUACGGCCUGGUGCCCGAGAAGAAUCCCUUCGUGGCGUUUUUCAACAUGGACGAGACGACCGGUGAACUUCGCCUAGCUCGCCCUCUAUCGCAAAUUCUUUCGAUUUCUCACACCGGCCAACCGAUUCUCCUAACCGUAGUCGCCGAGGAGGUUCGAUCGGAUCCAGCAGAAGCUCCUGCUCUAUCUACUACCGUCCAAUUGGCUCUAAUUCCACCAGGAAUCACAGCCGGCCAGCCCACUUUCGGGGCUAUAGAAUACAACGCCCUGCUGGACGAAAACUCCCCUCCAGGAACAGUCCUGGAUCUUCCACAAGCCGAAAUCAACAUCCAACCAGGCGAUGUUGUUACACUGGACCUGGAGAACAACAAUGGCACCUUCGAAAUAACCCCGAAAGUAGUCGAGGGCAAAACUAAAUUCCAAGUGCUAGUAAGAAACUCCACGUACCUAGAUUACGACGCUAGACAAUCAGUAGAAUGCUACAUAGUCGCUGUGGAGCACGGCGCCGGGAACUACACGGCCCGCGCCAAACUAACAGUCCUCCUGAACGACGUCAACGACAAUCCCCCCAAGUUCACCGAAGAAGAGUACCGCGGGAAGGUCCAGGAGCACGCCAAGAUCGGUACGCACGUGCUCCUGGUUGAAGCAGAGGACGCCGACCAAAAACCGAGCAGUAGAAUUAAAUACACAGGACUAAAAGGCGAAGGCAGCGAGCUGUUCCGUUUGGACGGCGAUACCGGCCUGAUAACUGUAGCUGACUCCACCAAAUUAGACGCCGAGGCCAUUCCUGCGGUAACGCUAACAGUAGAAGCAGCUGACGAGAACGGCAACGGUUUGAAGACCAACAGCACCGUGAUAAUCAAACUCAUCGACGUCAACGACAAUCCCCCGGUGUUCCAAAAGGACGUGUACGAGUUUAUUUUAAAGCAAGACCGCACCGGCUUCACCACGCAAGCCGUUAUAACAGCCCUAGACAAAGACGCCACUGCUCCGAACAACGAGGUGCAUUACGAGAUCAUCAAUCUGCCGGACAAUCUCUACAUCGACGAGACGUCCGGCGAAAUCCUGGUUACGAAAACUUGGGAGAAUACGGAGGUGGUAGCGCUGAGAGCGAGGGCUUGGGACGGGGGCGUUCCCCGGCUGUAUAACGAAUGCGAGGUCAGGAUUUACCCGCCGGAAGGUCAGACGAGGAAGAUGAAGUUCAUUUUUCCGGGAUUAAAUCCGGAUCGAAGGGACGUGGAGGAGACCCUGCGCACGAUAACCGGAGGGGCGAAGGUUCACGUUGAUAGGAUAGGGCCGUACCGCGGCCACGAACCGGGCGCUACCUACGUCGCUAUAGAUGAAGAUAACGAAAGGAGCGUGGUCGAAGCGACGGUGACCUUCUCGAACGGCUCUCUGGUCGAUUUAAGCGAAAUAAAUAAAAUAAUCAACCAACGAAUAGAGAAAUUUAAAGAAACCCGCUUGAAGGAGCGAGAAAUUAUAAGGAUCAAAGAGAGCAGCGGCGGCAGUUUGCUGUGGCUGCUCAUCCUUUUUUUCGUUUUCCUCCUACUGGCCGCCAUAGCUCUGAUCCUUUGCUGCCUUUGUAAGCAGUGCCCGCUCUACCACGCCACCUUCUACAAGAAGAAAAAGCAAACCCCGGUCAUCGAGAAGAUGGAAAGGGUCCACGUAAUCGGCACGGGCGAGGGCAAGGACAACAAAUCGGUGCAAGUAGCCGAGUGGUUCGGAAGGAAAGAGGCCUGGACGCCCGACCAUGGAGUGGACGUGGAUGUGGACUCGAUGAGGCGGCACGAAGUAGACAGAGGCUCCGAUCGCGACGGUAUGAAAAGAACCAUCCACCGGCAGAGCGACGCCCAAACCGAGCCUUUCAGAGAUCCAUUCUACAUCCGAGAAGGCAACGCUGAUAUACUCAGAUUAAUCACCAGAGGCGGCGACUCCCAAAGAGCGCCCCAUUUGCUAAGCGACCAGCAAUACAUGACCGACAGUGGGAAAGAUAUACUAAUGCGUAGAUUCAUCGAGCAACAACAAGCCGAAGCCAGAUCUCAGGUGCUGCUACCCAACGCGGUGCGCGCCCACAGCGAGCACGAGCUGCUGGAAGCGUCGCUGCGCCAGCAGAACGCCCUGCUGCGGCAGAUCCUGCUGGACCGCGAGCGCGACCUGCGGCUGGAGACGCAGUCGCUGCCGGCCGGCACGCAGACCGACCAGGACGCCGGCACGCAGACGGAGCCGCAGUACCUGCGGCCGCCGCGCCGGGAGGUGCGCUCCGAUCACGACCGGAGCGACUACAGCGAAGAGGACGACGAAAUCGCCAUCGUCAAAGCCAGGGCGAAGCGGAGGAACGGCCGGAAGGCGCACAUCAGGCGGAAAAUCAAGACUCCCAUACAGGAGGAGAAUGAACUAGAGAUCGUCGAGAAGCCUCAGCACGAAAACCAGCAGAUAUACAGGCAAACUAGAACGAGCGAAAUGAGGCAAAAACGAGCCGCCAGCGACACUAAAUCGUACCGAUCGCAAUCUUCCAAAUCUAGCCUAAGAAAAGACGUGUUAGAAGAGAUUUCAGCUUCGAUAGAAAACAGCAACGAGAGCGAAAGCGGCGAGAAGUCGGCUGGAAAACCCGGCGAAAAGGACGCGAAGUAUUACAAAAGAAGAGAGCUGUUCUCCGACGACAGCCUGGACGUGUCUCCUCGUUCCGACGAAAGAAGCGGCGAUUCCUACAAGCAAAAAUUCCACUCGGAGACCGAUUUGAGGAUGAUAUCUUCGCGGAGAUCCUCGGAGCGAUCGAAUAAGAUCAAGCUGAAAUCGCAGAGUCAUCUGGAUUUGAGCCAGAUAGGCGAUAAGAAGAAGAACAAGAAGCCCGUUAAGAACGGCGUGCCGCGCUACAUGGACUGGUACAAGAAGUCGGAGAGCACUAAGAAGGAUAGCAAAGUUCCCGAAGAAAUUCAUAAAACUGCCAGCAAAAAGGACUCCAAAAACACCAAGCGUCCAGUCAAUUCGAGGUUGUUGAUGGAAACCGAAUCCAGCUCGAGGAAGAAAGUUGAUAAUAAGAAGCCUACGUUCGGGCCGGAUCAUCCGUUGCUGCAGCAUUCGGAGUAUAGAUAUGAAGCUUCUUAUCCUAAUCAGCAAAAUUUGAAUAAUGCGAAAAAACCGGACGAGGACAACGAUUCUGGGAUAGCCCUGACCAAGCCGCCUAUAGCUCAAAAAAAGAGCGUGUUCACUAUAGCUUACGAUGAAAUGCAUACGAAUCAGUUAAGAGCAGACAGCGCUUCUUCCCCUUAGUAUCGAUUUGAGACAAAACCCCGUACGAUUCCACUUCUUGCAAAACGCUAAUUUUAUUAUUGUCCUGUUUGCUCUAAAUGGUUAUCAUCAAGAUGUAUUUUUAUACUAAAUCUAUGUCAUUUAUUCUGUAAAUAAUUAGUUCAUUGAACCUUUGAUAAAAUUAUAUAACGUCUUUUAUAUAUUAACAAUGUGCAAAAAAGAUUGUAAGUAACAAGC